CUGGUUUUAGAAGUGCCGAUUCUGAGCUGGCGUUGUUUCCUACUCAUUUAUCUUUCAGAUGGAGCCGCUAAAGAGUGGCCGCAUGAAAUGUGUGACGAUGAUCACGUCGCGUGGACUGCUCCUAAUGUCACUUUUGUUUGUUCAAGCUCAUACAACGAUGGGCGCCGUGGUUGUGGUGCCACCACUAGUGCCAUUCAUGCCAAAGCCUUCUAUCGGCAUACCUUCAGCGGGCAUGGGAACCGCUGGAAAUACUAAGGCAGGGGGAUCCAUGGGCAUGAACAACGUGGGACUGCAACUGGGUGGUGUCGUCACACCCAUGGGCGGUAAUGUCGCCCAGAACCCUCCUCCAGUGGUCCUGACCAACGGCAGUGGAAAAAACAAAGUGGUGGGCAGUGCAAAUCCACUUACCGGUGUGAUUGCUCUGGAUGCCAAUAAACUUAAAGACGGCCUAGGUAAGGCAACAACGCAGGAGCCGCCACCGCCACCGCCACCACCAGCGCCAGAGGAUGAUGCGGAUGAGUCACCAGAAGGAGGGGCCGCUGAACCAGCAGAGGAAGGUGCGGAAGAACCAGCACAGGAGGAUGCGGAAGAACCUGCAGAGGAGGAUGCGGCAGAACCAGCAGAGGGAGGUGCGGAAGAGCCAGCACAGGAGGAUGCGGAAGAACCUGCAGAGGAGGAUGCCGCAGAACCAGCCGAGACGGAGGCGGAAGAACCACCGGAAGAGGAGGCAGAGGAGCCUGCCGAGAGAAGCGAUCAGGCUGCUUGAUCCUAUUUCCUAUUCGUAGGGGACUUCGGCUGCAAUCUAUGAUCGAGAGCAACUAUAUCACUGAUGUCAUUCUUUACUGCGUAUAUAAAGACCCAUUGACCAUUUUGUCUGCCUACCUAAAUGUAUGCCACUUAGUGCAGAAG